AUGGCGGCCGCAGCAACUCAUGUCGACGAAUUGGUGAAGGAAUAUUUAUUACAAAGAGGACUUACAGCUUCUUUCCGGGCUUUUGAGCUCGAAUUAAAAAAUGAAAAAGAGAAAGGACUUCGGGUGGAUAAAUUACUUGACCAAUUGCAGCAGUAUAUUUCGUCUUAUGAUUUGGUCAGUUUACGAGAUUACUGGGCUCGGCUCAAUACCCGCCUCUUCUCUCGGCUUGACCAGCGCUACAUGGCUGGUGUCCGGAAGAUGGAGGUGGGCUUGCUCAAGUUCUACCUCGUUUUUGCCGCACAGAAUAACAAGCAUGAUAAAGUCAUGGAGUUUUUUGAAAAGAUGACACCAGAGUUGCAGAGUCAAUCUGAGUUUCGAGAAUGGUUUAUUUUCCCAUUUGUCCGCAAUCCUGAGGAUCAUCCUGUUUUUUCAAUGCAUUUUACACGACAUUGGCAGGAGACCUAUUUCUUGUCUUUGCACAACUUCCUCAGCACAGUCCUUCAGGUGAUUCCUCGUCCAGCCUUGUUAUGCUUUGAUGAGGAUACAAUACUAAAGAAAAAGAUUUUGCAAGAAAAUGAGAUGUUAAAAAUGAAGCUUCAUGCCCAGGUACAAGCCGAAGCAGCCAAACACUCCAACAUGGGUGAACGUAGACACACCAUGCCAGUUGACACUGCCCACACAUCUAACGAAUUGGUUUUUGAUUUUUCAGGAUUAUCAGAUGAUUCCUUGUCAGAGAAAAGUCAGAAGCAAGGCAAGCGAUUUGCUCUCAAUUUUACCUCCUCUCCAUUAUUGGGCAAAAAGUCAAGUGGCUCUCGAAAAACAGAAGCCAAAGAUGUUCCUCAAAGUUCCAAGAGUCGCAAUAGCCAAUCAGCAAGCACUGCCAAUACAAGUCAAGCAUCUUCCUCAAAUGUCCUUAGAAUAGGCUCUGCUGGAAAUGUAUCUGGAUCCCCAUCACACAUGGAUGAAAACUCACCUGUGAUUAGCUCUCGUUCCCGACGCCAGGUGGAGGAGUAUGAAAAACAGCGACGUGCACUGCUAGGUCAAGGAGAUCUCAAUCGUAGCAGAGAUAAGUGUCCAAGUGAAGGAGAGAUUAGUGCUACACCUCGAAGUCAUGGCUCUCCCAAUCUGAGUGGAUCUACCCGUAGCAGCAGUCAGGUUGAUCUUGAUGCAAAUUGUUCCUCUCCAGAUGUGCGUUCUUCUGCGGGGUCAUCUCCUUCAGCUUCUGGCAGUGGCAGUGGUGGAGGAAGUGGUACUCCAGGAACAGGAGACAGAAGAUAUAUGUUUCAGAUGUUAGAUGAUGGAGAAAAUUCUGGUGCUUCAGCCUUAGAUGGAGGUCAGAAAGGGGAAUGGGAGGGAAGUGAUCAAAUAGAUGCUGCCAAACAACGGCUGAGGGUGGAUGACAUCCAAGACAAUAGAAAUGAGAGUCCUUUUAUAUUACUUAGUCAGGAAGAAUACACUGAACAUCGCUCCGGUAUUUGUUACUGUCGAUUUAGUAAUUCUGGUCAAUAUGUGGCCAGUUUAGAUGCUGAUGGAGUUGUCAAAGUUUGGACUUGGAGUCCACAGCCUUCAACAAAGGCCACAUGUAUGGCCAAAUCUCCAUUCUUAUCUUUGGAAUGGUCACAAAAAUCAGAUCGUCUGUUGUUGUUAGGUAAUCGUUCUGGCAACAUCCGUCUCUUUGAUGUAAAAGAUAAAAAGUCUGUAGUGGAUGCCUGUGCAGAUCAAAGUUAUCCAAGAAUCCGUUGUUUGUGCUGCAGUCCAACUACCCACCAGUUCAUAUGUUCUGCAACAGCCAGCAAAGCCAAGGUUGUAGGAGCCGGAGGAAAUGGAGGUCUCCAAGGAACUGGAAGGAUUGGACGUUUGUCUGUUUGGAAUCUUAAAACUAUGAAAAUGGAAAAAACCUUACCAAUUGAUGUUGGUCCAUUGGCUGUAAACUGCUGUGCAUUUAACCAUAAUGGGCAGCUGUUGAUUGUCGGAGCUGUUGAUGGUGCAAUCAGAUUGUUUGACAUGCAGCAGCAAAGGUCAAUAGCCAAAUGGACAGCACAUGAUGGAGAAGUUCUUUCACUUCAGUUCAGCUCUGAUGAAACAUCUUGUUAUAGCAUGGGCCUGGAUAAUAAGUUUUAUCAGUGGAGCAUCCAUAAGCCAGGAAAGAAACUUGCUGAAUUUGCUGUCUUUCACACUGCUACUUCCCCUAUCAUAAUUAAUGGGCCAAUGGGAACACGGGAAGUUCUGCAUGGAAAGUCAUUUGCCUUUGACAGUGAAGGUCAAUAUAUGCUUACCUGUGACAAAAAUGAUGGCGUUAUUUAUCAGAUGCAUCGUGAAGGCAUGUCUGAAAGUUGUGCAGAAAAAGUCCUAUCACUGCAGGGCCAUAAAGGUUUGGUGACAACUGUAGAUUGGUCACCUUCCAUUGACACACGUGUCUGUUUAACAGGAUCCCUUGAUGGCAAAGUCAAAAUAAGCACACUCCUCCCAAACUGA